CGGCCCCGGCCCGGCUCCGGCUCCGGCUCGGCUCCGGCCCGCCGGCCCUCCGCGCGCCCCGCCCGCCGCCCGCCCCGGCCCCGCGCCUGCCGAGCCGCUCCCGCUGGGCGCCCCGACGGGGUCCGGCCGGGGGCGGGGGGCCGUGGCCGCCGAGGAUGGGGAAAUCCAACAGCAAGUUGAAGCCCGAAGUUGUGGAGGAGCUGACCAGGAAGACCUACUUUACCGAGAAGGAAGUCCAGCAGUGGUACAAAGGCUUCAUCAAGGACUGCCCCAGCGGGCAGCUGGACGCUGCAGGCUUCCAGAAAAUCUACAAGCAGUUCUUCCCAUUCGGAGAUCCUACCAAGUUCGCCACGUUUGUUUUCAACGUGUUUGAUGAAAACAAGGACGGGCGGAUUGAGUUCUCUGAGUUCAUCCAGGCGCUGUCGGUGACCUCAAGGGGAACCCUGGACGAGAAGCUUCGGUGGGCCUUCAAGCUCUAUGAUCUGGAUAACGACGGCUACAUCACCAGGAACGAGAUGCUGGACAUUGUGGACGCCAUUUACCAGAUGGUGGGGAACACCGUGGAGCUCCCCGAGGAGGAGAACACCCCCGAGAAGAGGGUGGACCGGAUCUUCGCCAUGAUGGACAAGAAUGCCGACGGGAAGCUGACCCUGCAGGAGUUCCAGGAAGGAUCGAAGGCAGACCCUUCCAUCGUGCAGGCACUGUCCCUCUAUGACGGGCUGGUAUAGUCCAGGGCCCAGAGCCGGGAUGCCUGGGAACCACUCACCUCCUCCGAGCCGUGAGGCCCCCUCUGCCCCAACACCGCCCUCCUGUGUCCACCCAGACUUUCUCCGCAUCCACAGCCGGCCGGGCUGCCCUGGAACCGUGAGCCCCGGCUCUCCUCCCCCCUGCCCUGCACCCACCGCCGCCUGAAGCCACUGGCUCCAAUCGCCAACCACCUCUGCUUGUCCAGAAACCAAGACGAAAUGGAAAAGGCUCGAGCCUUCUGCAAAACCAAGGACUCAGCUGCUUUGCGGGCAGCCUCUGGGUCCCUCCCGCUCUCCUGUGCGUGUGCUUUUGUUUUUUAUUUCAAACAGACCUUGAAAAAGAAACAAAAAACAAAAAACAAAACUACCUUCUGUCCUAGAAGGUGCAGACUGACAGAUGGGGAGAAGGCUACCUUUGCGUUGACCUCAGAGAACACUGCUUCCCGCCUCGGCCAUCCUUCGGCAGCCGGAGAGGCCACGGGAAGUCAGGGCCACGGCCACGGUGCGCUCGGGGUGGCGGGGGGUGAGGGGACCGGCCGGAUUACUGCUCUUUGUCGUCCCAUCCUCGAGCAGCGGAAACCCCCUGCGUGGCUAGGAUGAUUCAUGAUGAGAAUGAUUUUUUUGUGUGAUAACAGUAUUGUGCUUUUUGUGGGGAAAGUGAGGUUUUUUUAUACAUAUAGAAUUGAUAUCUUUUAUUUAUUGGUUGUUAACUGUUGCUGCUGCCUCGUGUGUCCAAAGCUCCCAGGGAUGCGGGGCCUACCGUUUACAUGUGCACGCCCUUGCCCCCUGCCCACCUGUGCUUGGGAGGAUGGUGGCCGGCAGCGGCCAAGAAGCCAAAAAACUUUCUCUCCCUCUCUCUCUCUUUUUUUUUUUUUUUGUUCCCAGAUACUGUGCUUGAUGUGUGGAGAGGGGAAGGAUAGGUCUCUUAAAUGGCUGAUGCACUGUUCCCCCCCAAUCCCAGCCCGAAUGCUUCCUCUUGAGCCCCUUUUCUCUGCUCCCCAUCCUGUGUCCUCCUCUGAGUCCACAGUAUCUUUUUCUGAGGACGAACAGGGGACAUCUUUUGGUUUCACAACUCUUUGCUUUGGUGUUUGCUGCAGCGUGGGGCCUCAGAGCCGGCAGAGGGGUACUGGGUGCAUUAGGGAAGGGGAGGAGGACACUCUCUGCAAGCACGUGAGCAAAGGAAGGGCUCCUUCUCCCUCCGUGGUGGGGAUUUUGAAAACUCUCCCACUUGCUUUUCUGCCUGUCCGCCUUGUCCAGGAGACCACAGAGCCUCCUCCUUCCCUUCCCUCUCUCAGCUCAGAUGCUGGGAGGGAGGGCAGGAGAGAAGGGCCGCAGGCAGUCCCCCCAGUAGCGACCGCUUCUAGGGGCUGUGGCCCCCCAUGUGCUCAUAGAAGCGUCUAACCCCACCAGCCAGGAUAGCCCCAGAGCUGCCACCAGGAAAGUCAGAUGACUUCGGGCCAGAGGCUGGAAGCCUGCGGCCGGCCCUGCUGUGUGAUUGUGGGCAGCCCCCAGCCUCUCUGGGCCCUAGCUACCCCAGCUGCAAAGCCAGGAGGGCUUGGGCUGCUUGAUCUGGAAGGUCCUCCUCCAUGCCGACGCUGUAUAACUGUGAACCUGGGCUUUUUACAGUUUAUGAUUCUGCGGUCGUGGCUAAGUUUGCCAGAGUCCAGCAGACACGGAACGGCCUGAGUCACUAUUUUGUCUCGUGGCGCAAGUCUCUGGGGAUGUGGCAGCGGUGGUGUGUGGGGUCAGACGACCUACCUGGCUCUCUUUGCAGUUCUUCCUGGUCCCUCCUGGACUCUUGGUCUAGAACUUUUUGGCCGAGAACCUCAUCGAAGGAAGGCUUCUGGGACGGGAAGCAGUCUCCCUCAGUCCAGAUCUGACUCUAGAAUUCCUGCUUCUUUGCAAAGUCAGCAGCCUGACCUCUCCCUGCAUACCCCAGCCCCAGGAGAGGAAAAGCUGGCCCUUGGUUCUCACUUUGAAUUGUCCUUGGUCUUCACUUUGCACUUUCCCAGGAGGCCAGAGUGUCUGCUAAUUAACCCAGAGCACGGCUCUGCCAGCGCGGGGCUUGCAUGUCCGUUCCCGCGGGCCGGACCGCUCAGCUAGUCCCAGACUCCCUUGCCCAGCAGAGCCCGUGGCUAUCCUCCACCUCCACUGGAAACCCCCAGAUUCCACGGGUACCAGGACCGCUUUCAUUUUCACAGGCAACUUUGUAGGUGGGGUCCCUCCAGGCCCCCGCGGUCACCUUCCUGCUCUGGCCGCUGGCUCAGAAGCCCCAGGACUCCCCACCUGAUCCCAGCUCUGAUCUAGGAACCUAGGGCAGGAGAUUGACUUGCUGGCUUGGGGCUGGAGUUGGGGAGAGGGGGGCCCUUCCCCAUGUCACAUUACUUCUCUGGCUCCUGCCUGAGCCUCGAUUUGCCUCUCUGGCCCGGUGGGGAGGAGCUGUCGAGUAGCCUGUGCUAGAGGCAUCAUCUCGGUAAGGGACUUGUAGCUCAGAAUCACCCAGGGUUACCCAUGUGGAGCCCCCCCCCAGCCCCCACCCCCACCCCCUCAGACAUCCAUAGAGCAUCUGCCUAUGAGGCCUUCCUCCCACCUUCUUGCCCUCUGACCUGGUUUGGAGCCAUGGGUGUGGCUUUUGGCCUUAACAGGUGUUUUGUGGACCUAUGGCUCAGGCGCACCUUGGGUCCAUGCCCCGGGACAGCCCGGAGCCCCUGGAAGGGCCAGCCUUCUUCCUGGUGGGGUGCUGGACACUGGCCAUUUGUGCCCGACGUUGCCGGGCAGGGACACUUCUGUCCCCUUCUCUCACCAGGCCUCUAGAUCUGGAAUCCUGAGCAGCUGUGGGCCUCUGUCCCCAGCAGCGAUUUCCACCCGAGGCCCAGAGCAGUCACAUGCUGCUCUCCGGGGGUUCCAGACCCACUAGUGGCCAGGCUCUCCGUCCCUCUGCUGACCCUAGCAGCGGCCCUGGCCUCUUCCUCACAGCGUCCCCUCCCCACUCUGUGUUGAUGGCACCGAGGAGAAUGCCACAGUUCCUGGUAAUAUAACCAGGCAACAUUUUGAGUAACGUCUAGGAAAACAUGUGUGUCCUCCUUUCCCCUGAAAUGCUUUUCUGUUUGACAGCCAACUUCCUAGACGACAGGCACACCUGGGCUUUCGGGAACCUGUCUUUCCUCUAAGGGUAAGAAGGUUGGGGGUGCCCUGGCCCCCCGGGAGAGGCAGCCUCUCCCUGGAGAAAAGCCCACAGCAAGCCCUGCGCAAAGCUACCCGGUUCCCAGCGCAGCCCUGCCUCCGAGUCAGCGGAAUCCAAGGGGACGCGGGCGCGCCCCCUGGUGGCGGGGAGCUGCAAAGGCAUGUGAGCACCCCCCCCGCCCCCCGCCCCGAACUGGCCAAACAGGAGCUUGGAAGGGGCCAGCUGGGCGGGAGCGGAGGAGGGGGCUUCGAUCUCACCUGGGCACUGGGCUUCAGCCCGGUAUUAUCGGCAGCGUGUCUCCCAGAUGCCCCUCUUCUAAGUCUCCCUCCCGGGGAUAGCAAGUUAAUUAGCAUAAGGGCACCGUGAUGGGAAGCCUUGCCCUCUACCCAUUUUUUUAAUAUCUGCGGAAUAAACCCAAUGGUUGAUUUUUGAAUGAAUAAAAGGCUUUUGUUGAAUAAACAGCUGGUCCCAUCUUCUGUCUUGGCAUCUAGGCUCAGGCUCUGUCUACUGCCCGGAACUGGGACAAACGAAGAAUACCCUCCAGCCCUCCCUUCCCCCCACCCCCUCCCCCUUGUCCCGAAGCGUGUACAUUUCCGUUUUCCCCACGUCUUUGCAGGGGCCCGGGGCUCCACGGAGGGCCAUACGCUCUCAGUCUGACUCAGUGACCGGCUCUCUCUGAGACUCGGGGCAAGUGGCUCCUUGCUCAGUUCCUCUGUCCCUCGGAUGGGAGCAGGGGUCUGCUCAGCUCCCCCGCCCCCCGCCCCGGGAGGCCAAGCAAGGAAAGGAGAGCGGGCACGAGCAUGGGGCUCAGAGCACCUUGCAGAGGUGGAAGGCCGUGGGGCAGUCUGUGUUGUCCCGGUGGCCCCCACCCGGUGCCUGCAACUUUGUAAAGGAAUUUGGGCAACUCUUAACAAAAAAAAAAAAAAAAAAAAAAAAAAAAAAAAUAUAUAUAUAUAUAUAUAUAUAUAUAUAUAUGCAAUGUUUCCUGGCUAUUGUUGUAUUCUUUCUGUUUGCCUUUCCAACCCCCUCUGAGCCUCUUUUUGGGGUGCUGUCCUGUCUGAAUCCAAUGGUUUGUGUCUCUGGGGAAGCAGCAGGCCAUCGCCCUGGGGUGCAGGUGGGGGCGGGGUGAGGCCCCAGGGUGGAGAAGGGCCCCGCAGCGCGCCCAGGCCUCCUCUCUUGAUGUAUGUCUUCCAUGUCACGCCAAUUAAACACGCUUCCUGACUUGU